AUGUACUGCAAAUGUUCCGGAGCGUUGCGGCGGGCGGCGCCGGCCCCGUGCAGGCCACGCGCUCCGGACGGCGGCGGCUGGCCCGCGCCGUCCGGAGCAGGGGUUGCGCGCCGACCGACGCUACUGCGAGUCGUUCGUAAUGACAGACAAGUGAGACUGAUAGCGUUCCCGCUCCCGUUCCCGCUCCCGCUCCCGUUCCCGUUCCCGCUCCCUCGGCAGCGGGAGCUCCGGCGAGAGCCGAUGCGAAGCACGAUCUGUCGUCGCGGCGGUGCUUGGUUCGCCUCAUUCGGCCGGCCACGUAACUCUGGCACCAAGCUGUUCAAUAUCUCCGGCCAUGUCAACACGCCGUGCACUGUCGAGGAGGAGAUGAGCAUCCCACUGAAGGAGCUGAUCGAGAGACACGCUGGUGGGGUGUGUGGAGGCUGGGACAACUUGCUGGCCAUCAUACCCGGGGGCUCCUCUACCCCCCUUAUACCAAAAGAUGUAUGUGAGACGGUGCUAAUGGACUUCGACGGGCUGGUAGCCGCCCAAACGUCUCUCGGCACAGCGGCCAUCAUAGUGAUGGACCGUUCCACGGACAUAGUGAAGGCGAUCGCGCGCCUGAUAAUGUUCUACAAGCACGAGUCGUGCGGCCAGUGCACCCCGUGCCGGGAGGGCGUGUCGUGGAUGAACAAGAUUAUAUACCGAUUCGUCGACGGUAAUGCUUCACCCAAAGAAAUAGACAUGCUUUGGGAGAUUUCUAAACAAAUUGAAGGACAUACAAUUUGCGCCCUUGGAGACGGUGCAGCGUGGCCGGUACAAGGUUUAAUCAGACAUUUUAGACCAGAAUUGGAGAGACGUAUGCAAGAAUACCAGAUGACCCAUGGACCUAGCAAAGCCGAACGUCUCUACUAGAUGGCGAUAGUUGUUAAUAGAAAAUCUAAAAUCAACCUCAUUUCACUAGAUGGCUCUGAUAUAUAUAAUGAAAAAUUGGAUAAAACGCCAUUCAUUUUUAUUUGUUUUUAGUGAGUUUAGCAUAAAAAUGGUAUCAUGAUAUGUAUCAGUAAAUAAAUAUUUCUAUUAAACCUG